UGCUCAGAUGUUACAAAAGACAGCAGUGAAUCUGGAGUUAACAACAUGGCUGUGCUUUGUAGGAUGUCUUUGAGGGUAUCAUGGAUGUUAUGCCUGUUGAUCAGCAGUACAACUUGUCUUCCUGCACCAAAAGGCUAUGGCUCAGGCAGUCCUAAUCUUGCUCCCAUUGGCAUUGUGGGCUGGCUCUCCACUUCUGACUCUAGUGACCCAAAUGCUGGCAGGCUGGACAGGAGUGGCCUUCUUUCCAGAGUGUAUUACCCUAUCUCUGGGAGUGUCCCGCAGAUACCCGCUGCUCAGAGUUCUAACGAGAAGCUGAGCUCUAUGGGUAACGUUUGGGAUAAUGGAAUUGGCAGUAGCUUCUUUGAUCCCCGACCUGCAAGUUCCUUUAGCAGUAGGUAUGUGUCCAAUGCUGGCGUUCCCGGCGGAGAGUACAAUGCAGGUGCCUAUGACAUCCCAGCAACCUAUGGGAAUGGUGCUUCUGGGUAUGACAACAGUCGCUAUAGUAACGUUGGUUUAGGCACUGCAUUCUACUCCUCCGGGUCCACAGAUGGUGACGGUAGAUACACUCAGUCUUCUAGUGAUGUUGAGGAAAGACCUGAGCCUGUCUUCAGCGACGUGUCAAACUUGGAGCCAGUCUACUCUUACAGAUCCCGCUCAAGCUACCGGAAGGGAAGAAACAUGUUCGUACAAAGCCACUACACCCCCGGAGAGUGGAACACUUAUGCCAGUGUUGGAGAGCAGCCCUAAACAACCUCUCAAAGGUGGCCUCCGAGCAUUGUGAAGGAUCCCGUGCAUCUUGAUUUAGUCUGGCUUGACUACUUGAGAAAAAUAAAGUUGUGCUUCAGAUCUGA